AAGACCGAGCAUAGGCGCGGUCGAGUGCUGGUUGCAGCGAACUUGGCCCCAUCAAAGUUGCAUCCAAUCCGGAGUCUGCGGGCGCUCGUUUCUGCACCCCUCCGAAUCUACGCGGUCUUUGCCAGCCUUUUGACCGCCUUUUAUAACUUAGGAGCCUCGUGCAAGCAAUUAGGCUGCCCGUUUUGCCGACCAUGUUUGCCCUUCGCGCUCCUGUGGCCCGGCCCUCCGCCGCUCGGAGUGUGCAGUCUGGUGUAGCCAGCCGUGUGCAGCGCGUCGUGCCCCGCGCGGCUAAGACCGAGGAGGUUGAGGCUGCUACCAACGGUGCCGCUGCCUCGAACGGCCAUGCUUCGGCCAACAUGAUGCAGUUCGACGAGCUGUCUGAUAUCAUUCGGCUGGUGCAUGAUACCGACAUUGUCGAGUUCGAGCUGAAGAGCAAGCGUUUCAGCCUGAGCGUGCGCAAGAAGGAGGCUCUGCAGGCUGAGCAGGCGGCUGCCUACCAGGCCAUGCUGCCCCAGAUGCUGGCGGCUGCCCCCGUGGCCCCCAUCGCUGCCCCCGUGGCUGCCGCCCCUGCCCCUGCCCCGGCGCCAGCUGCCGCCCCCGCGGCACCGGCCGCCGCGCCAGCGCCCGCCGCAGCGCCCAAGGGCAUUGAGGUUGCCUCUCCCAUGGGUGGCACCUUCUACCGCAAGCCUGCCCCCGGUGAGCCGGAGUUCGCCAAGGUUGGCGACAAGGUGAAGAAGGGCCAGACCGUGUGCAUCAUUGAGGCCAUGAAGCUGAUGAACGAGAUCGAGGCCGAGGUUGGCGGUGAGGUGAUCAAGUUCCUGGUGGAGAACGGCCAGCCCGUGACUGUGGGCCAGCCCAUCAUGAUCAUCAAGCCAUAAACGGCGCGGCUUGAAGCAGUCGCAUCGCGCAGCGGUGCGCAUCAGGCGUGCAUGUCUGGCGGCGUGGCGCGCCAGUCCCGAAAGGCAGGCCUCGGCGACAGCAGCAGUAGCGGGCGCUGGCAGCGGCGGUUGCCGCUGCAGCGCGCUGCGCGCGCCGGCGGGGCUCCUCAAACAGGGCGCGUCGGUGCGCUGUCGGGCGUGCUUGUGCAGAAAGGAGCGUGUUUGCCGCUGAGGAGGUUCACGAGGCGGGUUAUGCACGGGCGCUCUGUCGCGGCGCCCAGUUGAUGCCUGAUGCGUGCCUUCCAGGCAUGCGAUGUUCGGCAUGUUACGUACGCAGCUACUUGAAUGGCUACGUGGCUUUUAAUGGAGGGCCGGUCGCAUCUGUUACUCGUGUGGGGUCUUUGUCGGACAUCAUCUUGCGGCGUGUAUCUAUUGGCCGGCACGUGGGUGCAAGCCGGAGAGAACUGCGAGGUGGAUGGGUGAGCCAGGAACUGGCGACCGGCUGCACGCCUUAUUGGGCACGGAUAGGGUGCGCCUGGGCAGCUUAGCGGGUUGGCGUGGUCUAAACAUACUUGCCCGCGGCCACAGUCGCGAAUCACAAUUUUGGAGUCACAGUGAUGCGAAAGUGCGCCGCCACCGCUGCGGGAGGUUCUGGCGUGUACGUGGUGUAUUGUGGGUCUUGUGGUUGUGGAUGGUCAUCCUCGGCAAAGGAGACGUCGAAUGUUGGAUGUAUGGUGUGGAGCUGCUUGCUCCCGUGUAUGGGUGAAGGGAACGGCUCGCAUGUGCGGGACCGAAUGUAAGACACAAACUGA